GGCGUGACUUAUGUGACCCUGUGCAACAUGAUACAUGCGACUUGGCGACAAGUGUAGGUCAGCUGGAGCUGUAUGGUUAUGACGAGCAUAGCGCUGCUGGGCCCGCUUUUCGUGGUCGUGGGCUACGGACUCAUUCUGGGCAUUGCAUUCGUCCACUUCACCAAGUUUCUGCCAGCGGACAGCCCAGGACACUUGAUACUGAGCAUCUUCCUGGCCUGCGAGCUGCUAUUACAGUACUCGCUGGCCAUCUGGAGCGACCCUGGCUACGUGGACCAGCGGCAUCUGGUCGAGUCCGGCGUUGCAGAUGGAGAUCAGCGCUUCUGUCAACACUGUGAGCGGGUCAAGCCGCGCAGGGCACAUCACUGUCGCGAGUGUCAACGAUGCGUCUACGAGAUGGAUCACCAUUGCCCUUGGAUUAACAACUGCGUAGGGUACUACAACUACCGUCACUUUUGGCUGCUGCUGUUGUACAUCUGGGUGAGCUGCUUGUACGUGGCGAUGCUGUCGGCUAGGCUGUUUGUAGCGACAUUCACGACGAGUGCGGAUGAGGCUUCAGCUACAGGACGAGAGAGAGUGGUGUUGGACCGGUUUAAGGUUCUGUUCUCGUUCAUGGCUACAAGUGUGGUUGGUGUGGUGAUAUGCGGAUAUUGGGGAUGGCACGUCUACUUGGUACUCACGGAGCAGAGCACGAUCGAGUUCAUGCAGCACGAAGGAGACAGGAAACGACUCUCCGUUAGUGUCGCGUCUGUACGUCACGCACUUGGGCGCCUACUGGGAAGGCAGGACGCGUUCUGGUUUACUGCGUUUGUAUUGCCACCAUUUGAACCGAGAGUGCCACCAAAGUACAUGCAGAAGCCACACGGUGCUUCUACUGCUGUAUGAUACCAAGAGACCGUUUAUCUGUUUAAAACACACUGUCAGCGACCAAGUGGAUCCGAUUUAUGGUUCGACAAGGUCUUCAAGACGUGACAUUGGAUUGUUCUCUUACUUUGUAGCUACAAGACUCAUUACUGAGACUCGUAAGCUAAACACAACGUUUUUCUUCUUCAAAAGCUACUCGGAUACCAGCGAACCGAACGGGUAUUCACCAGUGGCAAGCGUGAACUUCGCACAUAGCGGGUUAUCCUCUGCAAGCUCGUUGUACACGUCGCAGUCCGUCUCGGGUUUGAUGGCGAUCACGUAGUCAGUAUCCUCUGCAACGAGUUUCAGGCCUUUACCAAUCUGAGGGUAAUACACACUCCAAUCCGCUGCCGUCAGCUGGAAAGCCACGGUCUGCGAUGCUCCUGCGUCCAGACUGAUCUUCGAGAACUUCUUGAGCUGCUUCGCUUCCGGUACCGACAGCGAACGGUACGGUUGAGUCAGGAACAGCAUCACGGUCUCCUUGCCUGCCAGAUGACCAGAGUUCGUCACCGUGACGGACACAUUAAUGCAAUCAGAGCUGGACGUCACGUUGGUCUUGCUCAGAGUCAGACCCGAGUAGGUGAAGUUCGUGUAGCUCAAGCCGGAGCCAAAAUCCCAUUGGUACUCACAAUAGUCACCCGAAGCGCAUUUUGUACUCACGCGGUGCCUGUACGGGAUCAUGACGUUGCCGGAGUGCUUCGGAUACGAGAUUGGCAGACGUCCACUGGGAUUCACCUCUCCGUAGAUAAUUUCUGCUGUUGCCUGGCCACCGAGCGUACAAGGAAGAAACCCGUUAAUCACGGCGUGUACAUGUUGUGGAAGAUCACCAAGCAAGCGUGGACGGCCCUCGAAGAGCACUACAAUGACCUUGGAGCCCGUCGAAGCCAACGCCUUCACGUACUCAAUUUGGCCUUCAGGUAGUGUCAGAUCGUCGAGAUCGCCAGCUUUUUCGACGUACGUAUCCUCACCGAUAACAGCGAUGGUGUACUCAGCUUUGGAAGCAUAUUCCUUAGCUGUUGCGAGGUCUUCGUCCGUGUAGCUUCCAGUGACGUUCAACCCGUUGAAGUAGGUGACUGAACCACUUGUAGCGAUCUUCUCGAAGGCUUGCUUUACUGACGAUCCGUGCGCGAACAUGUCGUUGCCAGACACACCCUUUGCUUGAACUGUCCAGCCUCCACAUUGAUAACCGAUGUUGUCUGCAGAGUGGCCAGUUAAGAACACCGAUGCACCAGCUGGAAUGGGUAGUACGCUGUCGUUGUUCUGCAGCAAAGUGAUUGACUCUCGAGCCAACUCAAGCGCAGCAGCCACGUCGUCAUCGUUACCCACCAAAUCCAGAUACUCUUCACCAGGCACCGGGUUGUCGUACAGACCCAACUUGAGCUUUAGCUUGAUGAUACGACGCACGGAUUCUUUGAGACGGUCCAUGAUCUCCGGUUCCUCUUCGAUCAGAGCGUUUGUGCCGUUCGUGAAGGUGAACUCAGACCCCACCAUACUCAUAUCGAUCGACGUCCGUUCAAGAACCAUCUUGGUAGCUUCUGCAGUUGUUCGAGCAGUACGAUGGAAGUUAUGAAGAGCAUUGGUCUCAUUGUAGUCAGUCACCAUCAUGCCGUCGAAACCGAGGUCCUUUCGAAGCAAGUCUUUGAGUAACUUGGUGUUUUCGACCAUUGGGACACCGUUGACGGAGAUGUAGUUCUCCAUUCCAGUCAUGAUGCCGGCAUCCACCGCAGCUUUGAAUGAUGGGACGAAGGUGUUGAGUAGAUCGAAGUCCGAUAUAGUAACCCCAUCCUUAUCGUGGCCCGUGGGGGUCCAAGAGUACCCAAUCCAGUGCUUCAUGCACGCAGCGGUAUGGUUGAUACUUUGCAUCCCACGGACAAUGGCAUCGCUCAUGACUGAAGCAAGAUACGGGUCUUCGCCGAACGUCUCGUGGGUUCUCGGCCACAACGGAUUGUGCGAGAUGUCGAGAAUAGGAGCGAAGGACCAGGGUAUUCCAGCAGCCAACGUGUCGCGAGCGGUGACUCGGCCUUGCUCAUAGACCAAGUCCGGGUUGAACGAGGCACCUCCGUUGAUUUGGUGGCUGAAGUAAACCGUGUCCAACAUAAAGGCAUUGCCGUGAACAGAGUCCGUGCCGUAGAGGAUAGGAUGUCCUCCGUUCUCUUCCAUUGCGAGUUCCUGGACGCUGGUGACGAACUCGCGCAUCGUAGAAGUGUUCCAGCCCCAGGAUCCGUUCAGUUGCCCCAUGACUGACAUGGGAGGACUCAAGUAUGAGCCCACGUGAAGCUUGGCGUAUGGGAGCAUGUUUUCUCGACUGAAUAUGAGGUCUCCGUAGUAGUCGAUCAGUGUGUAAGCGGAGAUCUGGGUCAUCUGGCCCACGAUGUCGAGAGUAGUGAAGUUGGCCAUGAUCUCUUCGACUUGGGCGUCCCAUUCGUCAGCAAUAGCAAGGUUGCCACCAAGAACCAGUGCAGUGUAGCACACUACACCAAGCCACGACUUGAUCAUACUUUUGGUCCUGUCAGUUGUGAUCUUGAAAGGAAAUUGAGAAGUGAUCUUCUUAAGACUGGCAAUACCCCCUGAGACCAUAUUGCUAUUAUAAUACUUCAAGUUGAGGUCCUCAGCAUCAUUCUACUCAAUGCGGGAAGCUCGACUUGAUCUUUCACGGUCACUCCGGCAUCACCAUUGCACACGUGACGCUAAGGAGAAACAUAAAACACUACGCUAAGAUGACAUGUGAGUAGUACUCUAGAUCACCACGGUUGCAGUGUCGGACGGUAG